GCUGCCUGCUUGUAGGACAGACAAGAUGGUGGCUGUCGGCGCUUAGAAUCAGCGAACGCUGCGAAGGCUGUCGGGCGGAGGAAGCUUUUUUCUGAAUUUCAACUUUAUCGAGGGAAAUGGCUGGCUUGGGUCCUCAGAACCUGCUCGCCUAUGUGGAAGAGGGCAAUAUUGCCGCUCUAAAAACUCUUCUGGAAAAAUGCAAGGACGUUGAUGAAAGGAAUGAGAAUGGGCAGACUGCAUUGAUGCUGGCAGCUGAGCAAGGCAACCUCGAAAUAGUUCAAGAGCUGCUCAGAAACAGAGCCAACUGCAACCUUGAGGAUGUUGAUAACUGGACUGCACUCAUUUCAGCUGCUAAAGAGGGACACUUGGAAAUUGUGAGGGAACUACUCAGCUACAAUGCCAAUUUGGAGCACCGAGAUAUGGGAGGAUGGACGGCCCUUAUAUGGGCAUCUUACAAAGGCAGCAUUGAUGUGGUGGACCUUCUGCUGUCAAAAGGCGCAAAUCCAAACAUAACUGGGCUGCAAUACAGCGUCUACCCAGUUAUUUGGGCUGCCGGCCGAGGUCACUCUGACAUUGUGAAACUCCUCCUUCAAUAUGGGGCAAAAGUCAACUGUUCAGACAAGUUUGGGACUACACCACUUAUCUGGGCUGCAAGAAAAGGACACCUGGAAUGUGUCAAAUAUCUUCUGCAAAUGGGAGCUGAUGUUGAUCAGGAAGGGGCUAACUCCAUAACUGCCCUCAUAGUAGCAGUUAAAGGUGGUUACACGGACACAGUAAAGGAGAUUCUGAAAAGGAACCCUAAUGUGAACUUGACAGAUAAAGAUGGGAAUACAGCACUUACCAUUGCAGCAAAGGAGGGGCACACUGAAAUUGUGCAAGACCUUUUAGACGCAGGAACCUACGUCAACAUCCCUGAUCGUAAUGGAGACACUGUUUUGAUUGGCGCAGUUCGAGGUGGGCACGUGGAGAUCGUUAGGGCCUUGUUGAACAAGUACGCCGACAUUGACAUCAGAGGACAGGAUAACAAAACAGCCUUAUACUGGGCUGUGGAGAAAGGCAAUGCCACUAUGGUGCGGGACAUCCUGCAGUGCAACCCCGACACAGAGUUUUCUACCAAGGAUGGAGAAACUCCGCUUAUAAAGGCAACAAAGAUGAGAAGCAUUGAAGUGGUGGAGCUUUUGCUUGAUAAAGGAGCUAAGGUUUCUGCAGUUGAUAAGAAAGGAGACACUCCCCUUCAUAUUGCAAUCAGGGGAAGAAGCCGAAAGCUUGCAGAGCUUUUGCUUCGCAAUCCCAAGGAUGGAAGAUUGCUGUACAGGCCUAACAAGGCAGGAGAGACCCCUUACAAUAUAGAUUGCAGCCAUCAAAAGAGCAUCCUGACUCAGAUAUUUGGUGCUAGACACCUUUCCCCCACAGAGUCUGAUGGCGAUAUGCUUGGGUACGAUCUGUACAGCAGUGCUCUUGCUGAUAUUCUCAGUGAGCCCACUAUGCAGCCCCCAAUCUGUGUUGGACUGUACGCUCAGUGGGGAAGUGGAAAAUCAUUUCUGCUUAAAAAGCUUGAAGAUGAGAUGAAGACUUUUGCAGGCCAGCAGAUAGAACCUCUGUUCCAGUUCUCUUGGCUCAUUGUGUUUCUUAUCCUGAUGCUCUGCAGUACCAUAGGAUUGCUGCUUUCAUUUACAGUUGAUCCAAAACUGGGCAUAUCUGUGGCUCUCAGCUUGUUGACUGUACUCUACAUAUUCUUUGCUGCUGUCUACUUUGGAGGAAGACGAGAAGGAGAAAACUGGAACUGGGCUUGGGUGCUAAGUACUAGACUGGCAAGACAGAUCGGAUACCUUGAACUACUUCUAAAACUCAUGUUCGUAAAUCCACCAGAACUUCCUGAGCAAACCACUAAAGCUUUGCCAGUUCGGUUCCUUUUCACUGACUACAAUCGACUCUCUAGUGUAGGGGGAGAAACAUCCAUGGCUGAAAUGAUAGCCACGCUCUCUGAUGCAUGUGAGAGGGAGUUUGGUUUCUUAGCCACACGGCUCUUCAGAGUGUUUAAGACAGAGGAAACACAAGGAAAGAAGAAAUGGAAGAAGACUUGUUGUCUCCCCUCCUUUGUAAUCUUCAUUUUCAUUAUGCUGUGUAUCUUUGCCGGCGUUCUCCUGCUGGCGAUCUUUAAAGUGGAUCCCAAGAAUAUGACUGUGAAUGCCAUCCUUAUUGCUGUGGCUUGUGUGGUGGGCCUAGUGUUUGUGCUAAAUUGCCGCACGUGGUGGCAAGUGAUGGAUUCUAUACUUAACUCUCAGCGCAAACGGCUCCACGGUGCCGCUUCCAAACUGCACAAACUGAAAAGCGAAGGAUUUAUGAAGGUUUUGAAAUGGGAAGUAGAGUUGAUGGCUAAAAUGGCAAAAACCAUAGAUAGUUUCACCCAAAACCAGACCAGGCUUGUGGUGAUAAUUGAUGGGCUGGAUGCCUGUGAGCAGGAUAAAGUUCUGCAUAUGCUAGACACGGUUCGGAUCCUGUUUUCCAAGGGGCCAUUUAUUGCUAUUUUUGCAAGUGACCCUCACAUUAUUAUCAAGGCCAUCAAUCAAAAUCUCAACAGCGUGUUGAGAGAUUCUAACAUUAAUGGGCACGACUAUAUGCGCAACAUUGUCCACCUGCCCGUCUUUCUCAACAGUCGUGGUCUCAGCAAUGCCAAAAAGCUGUGCUCGAUAUCUGCCACCAAUGGAGAUGUGGGGUGUAUGGAGAGUGGUUCAGGAGGGCAUGAAGACCUUGAUAGAAGGGUCUCCCAGCACAGCUUGGCAGAGGCUUCAAAACUUGGCAGCAAAACUGCUCUGAACAGAAGAGAUACCUAUAGAAGAAGGCAGAUGCAGCGCACCAUAACACGACAGAUGUCCUUUGACCUAACCAAGCUGCUGGUUACAGAGGAUUGGUUCAGUGACAUCAGCCCUCAGACUAUGAGAAGGCUAUUGAAUAUUGUAUCUGUCACAGGACGACUACUCAGGGCCAACCAGAUUAGUUUUCACUGGGACAGACUGGCCUCCUGGAUCAACCUGACAGAGCAGUGGCCAUACAGAACAUCAUGGCUGAUCCUGUACCUGGAGGAAACAGAGGGUGUUCCUGAUCAGUCUACUUUGAAAACAAUUUAUGAAAGAAUUUCGAAAAACAUUCCCACAACUAAAGAUGUGGAACCGCUACUUGAAAUUGACAGUGACAUCAGAAGUUUUGAGGUCUUUUUGGCCUCUAGGACUCCAGUCCUCAUAGCAAGAGAUGUGAAAACCUUUCUGCCAUGCACAGUCAAUUUGGAUCCCAAGCUCAGAGAAAUCAUUGCAGAUGUUCGGGCAGCAAGAGACCAGAUGAAUAUUGGAGGUUUCCCUUAUCCCACACUUCCCUUGCAAGAUGCCCCACCCAGGGCAACCUCUGUGUUCAGCCAGCCAUCCUCUGUCUGCUCCUCAUCUUCAUUUAACGGACCCUUCCCUGCUGGGGUAAUGUCACCACAGCCACCAAGCAGCUAUUACAGUGGGAUGACUGGACCACAACAUCCCUUUUACAAUCGGCCAUUCUUUGCACCUCAUGUUUACCUGCCAAGGUAUUACUUUGGCAAUCCCCAACAUCCCAUGUCACGCCCAUCUUUUAAACACAGUGUGUCCAGAGAUCAGAACAAUGGCCUAGCUACCAGCAGCAGCGUAGCAGGAGCACACUCUUCUGCUUUAGCCGCCAUGAACGUGGACGGUGUGUGCGAGAAGCUGAAAGGCAUAGACGGGAUUGAACAAAGUAUGCUGCCUCAGUACACUGCCACCAUACGCAAGGCAAAUAUCAAUGGGCGGGUUCUGACGCAGUGCACCAUGGAUGAACUAAAGAAAGAAAUGAACAUGAACUUUGGCGACUGGCACCUAUUCAAGAGCGCACUUCACGAAAUGAGGAGCUCUGAUACCCAAAUACAACCUGAGGAGGGCCGGAUGGUAGGUGAGCCCAGCAGAAUGGCGCCACGCAGUGAGGUUACCAGACGCCCCGUUGCCACUACAGAGCUUCCUCAUACCGAGUUGGCCGGGCAGAAUUAUGACUUCAGCUUCAGCUUUGAAGAUCUAAACACACUUGGUUUUGAGGAGUCAAAUCGCAACAUGGCCUGGCAGGGACGGGCACACAGGACACCAAGCCUUUCCAGUAUUAAUUCCCAAGAAUCUAGUAAUGAAAUCACAAGGCUCACAGAUAAAGUGCAGGCAGAAUAUAGAGAUGCCUAUAGGGAGUACAUUUCCCAGAUGUCACAAAUUGAGGGUGCUGUAAGCUCUGUCAGUGGUAGGUCUUCUCCAUUAAGCUCAGGUGGUUACUACAUAGGACAGAGCACAUCGGUGAGUUCUAUUCACUCUGCUUCAGAACAGGACAAAAUGAAAGACGGAGAACUAAAGCAUGAAGAGGGACGGAAGCCAUUUUUGAUGAAGAGAACGGAUGUUGUUGACUAUACGUCAUCAACUGUUUCCACUACUGAUGCUUCUCCGCUUGAUCCUAUUACUGAAGAAGAUGAAAAAUCAGAUCAGUCGGGAUCUAAGCUUCUGUCUACCAAGAAGCCAGCUGAAAGAUCUAGCCUCUUCCAGGCAACAGAUUUGAAACUGAAAGGAACUGGACUGCGUUACCAGAAACUUCCAAGUGAUGAAGAUGAGUCCGGGACAGAGGAGUCCGAUAACACCCCUCUCCUUAAGGAUGGAAAAGAAAAAAAGACUGACUGCAGUCUGGAUAAGAAAGCAGGAGAGCUUGCCUCUGAGCCCAUAAUGGCCUACAGUAAAGCAAAGGAGUACCUUUCAGAUGCCAUCCUGAACAAGAAAGAUUCUUCUGACUCCGGCAUGAGAUCCAAUGAAAGUUCUCCCAAUCACUCUCUCAAUAAUGAAGGCGGUGACGAUUCCCAGCUUGAAAAGACAAAUCUUAUUGAGCUGGAAGAUGGGCGCUUACGAGGAAAGAGAGGAAUACCCAACAGUCUGAGUGGCCUCCAGGACUCGGAAAUCGCACGCAUGUCAAUCUGCUCCGACAAGAAAAGUCCUUCAGAAAGUAGUCUGAUUGCCAGCAGCCCUGAGGAGAACUGGCCUUCAAGUCAGAAGUCCUUCAAUCUGAACCGUACGCCAAGUACAGUCACGCUCAACAACAAUACCGCCAACCAAAACUUUGAAGAGACAGAAGAUGCUAAAAACGAUUCUCCAAUCAUAGUAGUUCCUGGGUCAAGUCCUGUUCAAAACGAGAACCUGAAGCGUUUGACUCACAAGCGAGGUCAGCGUGCAGGGUACAGCCGUCUGGCCAAAGAAGCUUCAGAGCUAAACACUGUGGCUUCCUCUGAUGCAUCCGGCUUUGCAGAAGAAAGAGAGAGUAUCCUUUAAACGGAGAAUCAGAAGUCCAUUUUUCUUCCUACCAUCCAUUUUUGCUUUUACUUUUAUUCAUCAUUUAUUUGCCAAUCUCACUCAAGCCUAAAAAAUUUCACCUAUUGUGAUCCUUAAUUUUUUUUUUUUUUUUUUUUGCAAUGAACUAGAAAGUAUUCAGAUAAAAGAAUAAAUCUGGAAAAAAAAAGGGUUGUAACUGGCUGUAGCUUAGCGUCCCACUGAAGCCUGGGAGAGAAGAAUGAAGAGCAGCUUCAGCAUGACGAGAAGGAACCACGGACUCAUCAUUUUAUUUUCUCCACCCCCCUCUAGGCAGAGCUUCAGAGGAUAUAACUAUAAACUCUAAUACCCAAACUUUAAAAUGAUAUUUAAUAUCUGGUUGCCAAAAUGUAGGAGCUCUCCUUUGGGUUGGGCUUGGAUAUUUUCUCCAUCCCUAUGAAAUACAGGGAGGUAGACUGACUUUGAAAUCAAUUAAUCUGACAAUUCUAAACUGAUCAAAUUGGAUUGCAUUUAGAAAGACUCUAAAUUACUUGAAUUAGAUCAAUAUUGAUUGACGGCACUGGAAAAACAUGUCCACCGCCUUCAUACCCUAAACCAGUAAACUCAGGAGCAAUAUGUUGCUCACCGCCCCAUUUGAUGUUUCUCCCAGUGGCCUCAAAGCAGGUGCCCAUUUUUAAGUCUCUGGCUUGGAGGCAAGUUUUAGAAGAGACACCGUUUUCUCCAAUCAGAGCCUCCUGCAGGCCAGCAGUCCACAUGGGGUACCAACUAGCCAAUCACAGCCCUUAUUCAGCAUCCACAAAAUAUGUUUUCAUGCUUGUGUGGCUCCCCAACACUUUCUACAGCUGAGUGUAGCUCAUGAGUACAAAAGGUUGGGGAUCUCUGUCUUUGGCCUGUAGUUCUGAGAUGACAAAUAAGCUAUUGACAAUGAUACGUACUGAUUUGUGACCCUCCCCUGGAGGAUUCUUCAUUCAACCUUUGCUAAGUCUGCCCCUAAUUCUUUCAUUAAGCUAGUAGUCGUGUUCACUUCCCAUUUUGCUUUGUCUAGACUGCCUUGACAUUUGUAUCCCCUGGAUUACAGAGGUUCUGUUUCAUUGAUGUUCUCUUCGGUUUCACCUGCUGACAAGCAUUUAAACACAGUUCAGGAACAUUGUAUCUCUAACCUGAGAGAAUAAUUGCCAUUAUGCGUGUAAGGCUGAUGGCUUGAUACAACAGCCCGGUUCAUUUCAACACCAAAAACUGCUGGCUGUGGCUUCUUUGCACCUGAAACCUCUUCUGAGCUUGCCAUUCAAAAAAAUGGGAGGCAGUUGGUGGAACGUUCCAGGUAGCCUAGAAGUGCCCUGUGUGUCAUAGCCCACGUCAUGAGUUUGCCUUCUACCCUUACAGAAUGGCAUCCAGAGGGUUCCCAUUCUUUGUAGAAAUGUGUUGUGCAAACCUAAGAGCUUUGUUGAAAUGCAGUUCCUAUUAAAUCAGUGUCCGUGGAAUGUUGUCACAGAGUAGUGCGUGCCAUAGUGUGUAAUUGUGUGUGUUCUGCCAGGACUGCAUGCUGCUUGUCUAUCUCUCUUGUGACAAUAGGGACCUUGCCUGGGAAGGGCUGGGCUCUAGCCUGUGGCUUGUCUUUGAUAGAAAACUUGCUGUUUGAUGUAUUAUUUAUGUGACAUUUGCCAAGGGUCAGUCCCUUUAGCUGAUGUCCUUGUGGCUUUAAAGGCAAUUAUAAACCCUGCGCAGUUUUGAACUAACGAGAGCAUCAAACUCUCAGAAUAGAGUAUUGCGUGUUAGACAGCAACGGUCUCUUCCAGAUAUACGGCCUAUACACAUCAAAUGGAGCAUUUUUUAGUUCCACAUUAAUAUACAUUGUGUAUCUGGUUACAGGAGGAGCAAGUACUGGCACCCAGUAGUUCUCUAUUGAGUAGUGCAGUGCUUAUCCAACCAGGCCAGGAGAGGCUGGACUAGCUCAGCUGGUACAACAAUGUUUUUUGUUGAAAGUAAUGGACUUAGUACUGGAAUGCCCAGUAAUGAGAGUAUUUGCACCCUGUCGCUCUGUAGGACACAAUAUAUUGUGAUGUUGCCUGUAAGUGACACUUGAUGGAAAACAUUGAUAGCAACAAAAAAAAUGUGUAUUGUGUACGUGCAAUGUGCUGUGACGUGCAAAAUAAAUGGCUGAAAAUCUC